AUGGCGACCGUAACAAAGAAGUCAGUGUUGAUCACCGGCUGCAGUACCGGCGGCAUUGGCUGGGCCAUGGCCAAGACCUUUCACCAGCGAGGGUUCCAUGUCUUCGCCACGGCACGCGACCGCUCUAGGACCGGGAGUCUCGACGAGCUAGAGGAUAUAGAGAUUCUUGAGCUAGAUGUGACAAUCCCCAAGACCAUUGCGCAGUGUAAGGAGAUAGUCACAAAACGAACUGGCGGGCGUCUCGAUGUCCUAGUGAACAACGCUGGCGUUGAAUUCAAUAGCCCGUUACUUGACACGGACAUUGAUGAGGCGAAGAAGCUAUUCGAAGUUAAUGUUUGGGGUCCUCUUGCCAUGGUCCAGGCAUUCGCUCCGCUAAUUGUCGAGGCCAAAGGAGUUGUUUUCAACCAGAGCUCUAUCGACGGGGCAUUGAAUAUGGUAUGGGCGGGUAUCUUUGCAAGCUCCAAAUCCGCUGUCGCACGCAUGUCAGAAACUUUGCGUGUCGAACUUGAACCACUUGGUGUUCGUGUCGUGACGUCCAUAUGCGGAUCCGCUGAUACGCCUAUGUUCGGUAAGCCCGGUGGUCCUAUGGAGAUACCCGAGUCAUCAUAUUAUCACGGCGUCGAAGCGGAAGCGUGGAAAGAGCGGAUGGAUCAUCAGCGUCAAGCCACGGAUGUCGACGUGCUCGCUGGAAAGUUGGUCAAGGAUAUCAUUGGUGGGACGAGGGGAGUUAUAUGGCAUGGGGCGUUUGCUUCGUUGGUAUGGUGGGCGAGCUGGUUGAAUGUUACGCGGUUCGUGGAUAGGAUGAUCAACUCCGCUCGGGGGUUGAAUAAGGUCAAAAGGAUAUAG